UAUAUUAAGCUCCAGCCAGUCGCUGGGAAUUCCUCCCUGCUCGAGUCGAGAGAGACUUCUCGGGAGACCAUCCAAGGUCCUGAGUUUUCCCUCUGCAAUGUUUACAUAGAUCCUGCCGCCAAGAGCUUGGAAAUGAAGGACACCAUGUCUUUGGUUGGCGCUUACUAUGGCGGGAAGUCAGUCCUUGUUACAGGAGCCACAGGGUUUAUGGGCAAAGUCCUGGUUGAGAAGCUUCUCCGGUCUUGCCACGACGUAAAAACCAUCUACGUGUGUGUGCGGCCCAAAGGUGGACGCUCCAUGCAAACCCGAGUGGAGAAUCUGCUGAAAUGCAAGGUGUUCGAUAGAGUCCGGGAAGAGUGGCCCAAUUUCCAUGAGAAGAUUAAGCCCAUCAGUGCUGAGUUCACCAAGCCAAACCUGGCCAUCUCUUCCGAAGACACGGAGGAGCUGCUCUCUGAGGUCAACGUGAUCUUCCAUUGUGCGGCAACGGUUCGAUUCGACGAGCCCCUGAAGGAUGCCCUUCUCCUGAAUGUCAUGGGCACCCAGGAGCUCCUGAGGCUGGCCCACCAGAUGAAGAACCUCGAAGCCCUCAUCCACGUUUCCACAGCCUAUUCAAACUGUAAUCGGAGUCACAUAGAGGAAGUCUUCUAUCCUGUUCCCAUCGAACCAAAGAAACUUUUGGAACUGGUAACGUGGAUGGAUGAGUCCCUCAUUGAAAUGAUCACCCCCCAUUUGAUUGGAGACUGGCCUAACACUUACACCUUCUCCAAAGCUCUGACUGAACACCUGAUCCAGCAGGAGAAAGGAGACUUAAACAUUGCCAUCAUUCGACCCUCCAUCGUGGGAGCUAGUUGGCAGGAGCCCUUCCCGGGCUGGAUUGAUAACUUCAACGGUACAAGCGGCCUCCUUGUGGCGGGUGCAAAAGGGAUUUUACGGACUAUAAAAUGUAAUGCAGCUGCCGUAGCUGACAUUAUCCCAGUAGAUCUCGCUAUCAACUUAACCAUCACCGCUGGCUGGUACACUGCAGUUCACAGGCCCAAAUCACCACUGAUCUACAACUGUACCUCAGGUGGCCUCAACCCAUUGUCAUGGGGAGAAUUGCAAACUAAUGCGGUAAUUACAUAUGAAAAAAGUCCCCUGGAGAAACCCUUCAGAAUACCAAAGGCCACCUUGACCUCAAGCUACCUCGCCCAUCAGUACUGGACGUUUGUCCAUCACAGAAUCCCUGCUUUUCUCUGUGACCUGUAUCUGCGGCUGCUAGGAAAGAAGCCACGGAUGAUGAAGCUUUUCACCCGCUUGGACAAGACUUUGAACCUUCUUGAAUAUUUUACCAGCAAUUCCUGGGACUGGAGCUAUGAAAAUACAAGCAUGUUACUGAAAGAGCUCAAUCCGAAAGACAAAACUUUGUUCUGCUUUGACAUUUGCCAGUUGACUUGGUCAGAAUAUAUGGAAGAUUACUGCUUAGGAACUAAGAAGUAUCUGUUGAAUGAAGACAUGACUAGAAUUCCUGCCGCCCGACAGUAUAUCAGAAAGCUAAAGACCAUCCAGUGUGUCCUGAAGGCCACUCUGCUCAUUAUCAUCUGGCGGGUGUUCAUUGCAAGGUCGCAGAUGGCUCGUAAUGUCUGGUAUUUUGUACUAAGCCUCUGCUACAAGUUUCUUAGCUACAUUAGAGCUUCCAGCACCCUUAGACCUUGACUGUGCCUUUCCUGAGAUUGUUCCCUACGUCCUGGAAUAACCCUCAUGUCCUCAAAUUGACUCCUAGUUUCUGUCUGCUCCAAUAAGACACCUUUCAACUGUUUAAGCAUUCACCAGAUAUCACAAGAGACUUCAAUUACUAUUACCUCCGCUACUACUAUUAAAUUAUUGCUGCUGCGGUAGGCACUGACUUCCUGUUUCUACACCCAUCACAUCAUCUCUCUGAAGCUGCAUUUUUCACUAUGACAUUUACCAGUUUUGUUUCAUCCCAGUGCCCAGCUGAAGCAUGAAAAUCGGCACCAGAUACCUUCUACCCAGAAAUACUGAAUGGUAUCAUUUUCAUACUGUAUAUGAAUCAAUUUGUAUUUCAUGUACUCCUAUACUGCAUCAAACCAUAUGUUUCAUUUUUAUUGCUUUGAUAAUACCGAUUGCAUAUCUUCUUUACUCUCAAUAACAAAUUUUUCAAAAAUUAUUUCUUAGUGGCCGCCAUCUCAAUAUUCAUUUUAUAAAGUGAAUGGAUUAUUGGACACAUCCAAACUUCAGGAUACCCUCCAGCUGUUUGUGCACAUGAUGUUAGAUAUCAUUCUUAUCUCUACCGUGUGAGUUUUCUUGUCAUCACUUAUAAAACCAACAAUUGAAAACUUA